GGUUUGGGUUGAUUGUCAUGGAAGGAAGGUGGGAGUGAAUGAACAAUGACUCAGUAGAUGACUUAGCAUGAGUGAGGUUGAUAUAUAAGAGAUGUGGACCUCGCGCGCCUCACUCAACCCACACACUAACUGGCCACUGGACGACCCCAUACUGAUCAUCAUAUCCAAAUACAUCUCUCUUCCACACUCACUCCAGCCGUCCAUUCCUAUAGAAGGUGGAGGAAGGGAGACCCAGAGGACGGUGGAGAAUGGGAGUGGAACGCAGGAGACGAGGAACGAGGAACUGGAUGUGGUGUUGGGUUGUGAUCUGCCUUAUCCUAGGAGGGGUGACUGCUUCCCCCGUGGGUGACAUACUGGAAACACCCACUACCACCCCAGCUAUUGUCCCCAGCACCACCGACCCCAGCACCAACAGCCCUAGCACCACCGACCCCAGCGCCACCACCACCUCCUCAAUACAGCCCAAGAGGGACAAGCGAGGCUACGGCUUUACUGGAGGAAUUGGUCACUCGUUGUUGCAGCAGUUGGCCUCACAGUCUGGAGGUGUGGGUGGCCUCCAGUUCUUGUUGGGUGGCCACCAGGGUGGCCACCAUGGCCACUCAGCUGCUGACCUGGCCAGCCGAGCCGCUGGUAAGGCCACAGCUGCGGCAGAGUCGCAAGCGGAGGCAGCUUACAAGGCGGCACAAGAGGCUUCACGGAAGGUAGCGGCUAAGGCUUCCUCUGCGGCCCAGGAAGCUCAAGCUGCGGCUGCGGCCAAGUACGCAGAAGCCGCACAGCUGACGCAGGCUGCUCAACUAGCGCAGGCCAUUGUCUUCAAGGAAGCAGCUCAGACAGCGCAGACAAAGCGGACUGUGCAGGCAGCAGACAACAUCCAGCUCCUAGCACUCUCCCAGGUAGCCAUCCUCCAGCAGGCGCUGGGAGCAGCAGAAGCCCAGGCAGCAGUAGCUCAGCAGGUGCUGGCCUCAGCCACAGAUGCCUACUACCAGCAGAGCAAUAUGCUGAGCCAGGCACAAGCAGUAGCCAACAAAAUCAUACAGAAACAAACGCUAGCGGUGUCAGACUUGGCCAGAACUCAGGGAGCUGCCGAACAAGCUCAGGCAGCGGCCACUAAAGCUCUAUACACAGCUCAUCCAGCACGAGGCACAUCCUCAGUCUAUGGUAAACACUGACCUAUAUACACUAUACACAUUGGUGCCAUACCUCACCCUUCAAUGACGACAUACACACAGAUAUGUAGAUAAACAGCUCAGAGAACCGACAGGCUGAUAAAUUAGACACAGGUACAACACUUGGGUAUGUUUACUGUGGCUUCAACAGUCCUAUACAAAGAAUGGUGAAGAUCAGAAGGAGUCUGAGGUAAUCAGUCCCUCAGCCUGGAGUCGAUGUGAUCAGUCCAUCAGUCUUAAUAAAAACGCAACAUCUGGGCGAAGACUGAUUGCAUCUACUCCAGACUGAGGGAAUGAUCACCUCAAACACUCUGAUCUACACCAUUCUUCUCUGCACUGGACUGAUGAAGCCACAGUGGUGAAACGUGUCCACAACAAAGAUACCCAAGUGCUACACAUGUACUCACGUAGUUGAGGUUGCAGGGGUCGAGUCCCAGCUCCUGGCCCCGCCUCUUCACUGGUCGCUACCACACAAAUAAUACAGUUAAAGCCUCAUCCACUCACCUGGUGCUGACAAUCGUACACAACACAAACAAGGAAUUAACAUCAUGCAAGAAAUAUUUGAUUUAGAAAGAGACGUGAGCCAACACUAUGACGUUUUUAUUACAAAACGUUUCGGUUAGAAGUGAUUAAGGUCCCAGGACCGAAACGUUUUCUAAUGAAUAUGUCCUAGAUUACGUGUCUUGUUAAACCAAUGUGUGUGUAUCUGUCGCCAGGUACACACACAACGUAUGUCUUACUGCAAGGUUAAUAAUGUCCAUAGUGACCAGUCUCUCAACCAGACAAUCUCUCAACCAGACAAUCUCUCAACCAGACAAUCUCUCAACCAGACAAUCUCUCAACCAGACAGUCUCUCAACCAGACAAUCUCUCAACCAGACAAUCUCUCAACCAGACAGUCUCUCAACCAAUCUCUCAACCAGUCUCUCAACCAGUCUCUCAACCAGACUCUCAACCAGAUUCUCAACCAGACUCUCAACCAGUCUCUCAACCAGACUCUCAACCAGACUCUCAACCAGACUCUCAACCAGUCUCUCAACCAGACUCUCAACCAGACUCAACCAGACUCUCAACCAGUCUCUCAACCAGAC